GGCUUUGGCUACAGCAGAUUUGACUAUUGUCUUCUGAGUUUCCUCUUUGGCCUUCCCUAUCACCACGGUAAUUUUCUAUGGUCGUUCUUUUUUUGUGCUUUGCUCGUUUUCCCGGCUUACUUCUCGACUUCGGCCUUUAUUUCAAAGCCAGGCUCUGUUACCCCCAUGGAGGGAGCACUGUGCCGAGCUCCAGGCUUUCCUGCCACUUUCAGAGGAAGCCCCAAACCCGAGGCAGAAGCGGGAGGGCCGAGAAGGGGAUCACCUGCCUACGGGAGGAGCCGAACCCACUGGAGGGGGAGGGGGAGGGGGAGCUCUACCUCCCGUCCCUCCUCCCUAGGACCUGCCUCUAUGGGCUUGGAAAGACCCCUCGGGGGAUGUUCCAUGGACUCCGAGCAAUUCCCCAUGCAGAAACCAGGAGUCUCCCCGGCUUCACCUCCCCCAAGCCGCCCACCUCUUCAAGCGCCCGGGAGCCCAGGAGCGGCUCCCCCCGGCCCUGCCCUCUCUCCAGGAGCCCCCGAGGAGCUUCUCCAGGCACUGCUCCUGGAGCGGCCCAAGCCUGCUGCCCCUUCGCAAGCUGGCCCCUCUGGAGACUCUGUGCCCCCCUCCCCAGGCCGCCUCCCCGCCCCGCCCCCUGACCCAGAGUAAGAACCUGCUGCCCAGGAGGCUGACCCCGCUGCGGCUCUCCUACACUCAGCCCCCGCCCGCCCCCAAAGGGGGCUUCAGGACUUGCCAGAGCCCCAGCAAGCGGCCCCCCAACAGACUGGCUCCCUUAGAGGCUUACAGGAGGAGCCUCAUCUCCACCCCUCCCUCCCCUUUCCCUUCAAGAGGUCCGUGAAGUAAAAGAAAAAAUUUCUCAUGACCUUUCCCAUGCUCUGGGGCGUCAUCUGUCACCAGGACCUGAGGGGCGGCGAUUGGGCUCAAGGUAACCAGGCGAUGGAGCCGUCGUUUCGCCUCCUUGAGGCCUCGGUUUCCC